UUAAGAUUACAAUCAGGAAUGGAGGCUUGUUAGCGGGAUGUAAAACUGUAUUACAGUUAAGCUACGGAGGAUUUACAAAUAGAAUUGUGGCGAAAUGUUAAAAAAUGCCUAGGCACACAAAAAUCCCAGAAGAAUGUGGGGAUUUCUUUGUGGAAGACAGCAAAGGAAAGGUAUAACUUAAGUGUGCAAGUAUUGUCGAGUUACUAUACUUAUUUUGACAGAAAAAAAGCUCAAACAUUCUGGAAAAUAACCGAAAACACUAAUUUCAUACAGUAUAAACGAAAGCCACGAAAAAAAAAAAGAUUUACAUAAAACUUCAAAAUAGCUAAAAAUAAGCACCGAAAAAUACAAUUAAUAAAAACCGAAAAACAGAAGCCCUAUGACCUAAGCUUGUUGAGAAAAGGGAAAGAGGAAAGGAGGCGAGAAAGUGAAAAGAACAUCAUUGAGUAUAUUACUAGGGAAAAAGGAAAAGAAGGAAUUUUAUAGAUGACAAAUUAAGACGUUAUAGAGAAAAAAGACCAAUGAUAACAGGCAUACACCCACACAUAUACAUAUAUAGAUAGAUAGAUAAACUUCUGUCCAAAAGACAGGCAAAUGUUCACACUCAGGCAUACGUCACUGAUGAGAGCCGGCAAUCCAUGAAGGACCCAAGCCACUGUAGCGCUGGAAAUCCAAACUGAGACUUGUGAGAGUGAACUGAGAAAGUGCUUUGAGAGAGGUUACUACCGGGAUCGAAAUAUUACAUAUUUUGGAUGCUGUCCUCCGUAAUCCGGAUGACAUGUUAAACACCAUAACCCACUGGUUGAAAAAGCGAGCGAGCGAGUGAUGGGGAGAGGAACAUCUUCGAUGUGGUUAUUAUUACUCGCAGAGCACUGAGAUUUAGUAUACCAUACCGCAUUUGUAAAUUGUGCGAAUCAAAAAGGCAACUACUGGUGCAUCAAUUAGGGCGACAGGUUUGAAUUCACUCCUCUACUUCCCGUUGUACUUCGUCUCCUCGAUACACAAACCGAGGCGAAGCAGGCUGUGCAGACAGUGUAUCGUGUCUGAUGUAAACCUAAUCCUGUCUUGAUUGGAACUGCUACAAACGAGACGAGUACCGUUCCUGAAACUAAAGCGGGAUGAUUGUAGAGAACCUGUCUAUAGCACGCAGGAUUUAAACAGUAUUAAGAACAAUGAAGAGGAGAGCAGAUUUUGUGGAGCCGCAGAAGAAACAGAGGAAACAUUUUGAGGAUUUGGGCCUGAACCUGAGCUCUACGUCCGAUGACGAGCCACAGUACAGCAACCACGUCAGUCAAGACUCCUCAAGCAGCAGCAGUGACUCUGGCAGUGACUCAGAGGAACACCGACCCGUCUUCGGAGCCCCUCUACAAUCCCAGCAUGCAUCUCAACCAGAGUCCACACUGGAGGGUUCCUCCAAUCGAUUUGCUAUGUACAACAGCGUCUCCCAGAAACUCAUGGCUAAGAUGGGUUUCAGGGAAGGAGAAGGUCUUGGUAAGUUUGGCCAGGGCCGGAAAGAGAUAGUCGAGACGUCGACGCAGCGUGGCAGACGUGGUCUGGGGCUCAUGCUCAAGGGUUUCCAGGGAGAGCUCAAUGUGGACUGGGAAGACGAGCCGCAGCCUAGCGCGGUGGAGCAGGUGAGCUGGUUCCCAGAGUGCUCUACGGAGGUACCAGAUGCUCAGGAGCUCAGGGAGUGGAUGGCUGUAGGAAAGAGAAAGUUGAAGAUUGAGGAUGAAACUGAGUUUUGCAGUGAAGAUCUUUUACACAGUGUUCUGCGUUGCAAGAGUGUGUUUGAUGAACUAGAGGGGGAGGAGAUGCGUCGUGCUCGAACCCGAUCCAACCCUUAUGAGACCAUACGCGGAGCCUUCUUCCUCAACAGAGCUGCAAUGAAGAUGGCCAACAUUGACCACGUAUUUGAUAACAUGUUCACCAACCCUAAAGACUUGCAAGGGAGACCCCAGGCGAGGGAGCGUGAUGCAGAGUUGCUGUAUUUCGCGGAUGUGUGUGCCGGCCCUGGAGGCUUCUCUGAAUAUGUCCUGUGGAGACGUCGCUGGCACGCUAAGGGCUUUGGCAUGACGUUGAAGGGGCCCAACGACUUCAAGCUGGAGGACUUCUUUGCAGCGCCCAGUGAGCUCUUUGAGCCCUACUAUGGUGAGGGGGGUGUGGAUGGCGAUGGAGACAUCACACGCCCAGAGAACAUCAGCGCGUUCCGGAACUUCGUUCUGGAGAGUACUGAGGGCAAAGGGGUGCACUUCCUGAUGGCUGAUGGGGGAUUCUCUGUGGAGGGACAGGAGAAUAUUCAGGAGAUCCUGAGCAAACAGCUGCUCCUGUGCCAGUUCCUGACAGGGCUGUCUGUCAUCAGGACAGGUGGCCAUUUCCUCUGCAAGACAUUUGACCUGUUCACCCCGUUCAGUGUGGGCCUGAUAUACCUGCUGCACUGCUGCUUCGAGAGGAUCUCCCUGUUCAAACCUGUUACCAGCCGCCCCGCCAACUCAGAGAGGUAUGUGGUGUGCCGUGGUUUGAAGCCCGGGAUAGACGCAGUGAGGGAUUAUUUCUUCGCAGUGAACCUAAAGCUGAACCAUCUCAAGAACACAGAGAAGGACGUGAACCUGGUUGUGCCACUUGACAUUCUGAAGGGGGACUCUGAGUUCUACGAGUACAUGAUUCACUCCAACGAGAGCCAUUGUGCUGUUCAGAUAAAAGCUCUUGCAAAAAUCCACGCCUUUGUUCUGGACACAACACUGUCAGAGACGAAGCAGGCGGACAUUCGCAAGGAAUGCCUCAAACUCUGGGGGAUUCCGGACCAGGCCAGAGUGACGCACUGCUCAACGGACCCGAAGUCCAAGUUCUUUGAGCUGAUGAAGGGCUCUGAUAUCGAGUCAUUCAACUACAAGCCCACUUCUCUGAACUCCAAGACCAUUGAGAAGAUUCAUCACGUCCUGGAUUACCGCUGCAUUGUGGGAGGAGCAGAGCAGAUGUUUCUGCUGGGGCUGGGGAAAUCUCAGAUCUACACGUGGGAUGGGAAGCCACCACUGCGAUGGAAUAAGCUUGAGAACUUAAAGACCGAGCUACCGAGAGAGACCCUGCUAUCUGUAGAGAUUGUGCAAGAACUGAAGGGAGAGGGCAAAGCCCAGCGAAGGAUCAACUCGGUCCACGUCCUGGAUGCUCUUGUUCUCAAUGGCACAGAUAUCCGGGAUCAGCAUUUUAACCAGCGAAUUCAGAUGGCUGAGAAGUUUGUGAAAGCUGUUUCCAAACCCAGCCGCCCUGACAUGAACCCCAUCCGAGUGAAGGAGGUGUACAGGCUGGAGGAGAUGGAGAAGAUAUUUGUGAGGCUAGAGAUGAAGCUGACAAAGAGCUCGGGAGGAUUUCCACGGCUGUCCUACAUGGGGCGGGACGACAGGCACUUCCUGCCCACUGGCCUCUACAUCAUCAAGACUGUCAAUGACCCCUGGACAAUGGCCUAUAGUAAAAACUCCAAAAGGAAGUUCUUCUACAACAAGCUGAGCAAAGAGUCGACUUAUGACCUGCCAACCAAUGCUGUGGCCCCCUUCCAAGUUUGCCAUUUAGAGCGCCUUUUCUGGGCAUGGGUGGAGGGGGUCAGAGUUCAUGACUCUCAGACCCGGGUCGACGCUGACAAGCUGUCCAAGGAAGAUGUUCUCGCUUUCAUCCGGGCUCACCACCACACCUGAACAAUGUGCAACCCUGCGUCCUGGCUACUACUCGCUGUGGACCACGACCACGACCACAGCCCCCUCUCUCUGGAUACAAGCCCUCUCUCUGCACCAUCACUCACCAGAACCAUGGAGACUGAUUCUCACGGAACCGUAACCCUCAGCCAGCCUCCAUUCCCAGCUUGCCUCAUUCACAUAUGCCUACAGUAAUAAAUUACCACAUCAUUGGAGCCCUCUACAGUGUCUGGACUAAGUCUACUUUUGUUGUAGAUUUCUUGCACAAUGGACUAUACACUUGUUUUCACAUGCUCAUAUCAAGUGAAUAAAUAAGCUUUCUGUAAGUUGCAGAAAAAUAUCAGUGUAGUUAAAGAGGGCUCCUAGUAUCUGGACCCUUUAAAGUGGGGACUCUCCUGUUUGAACCCUCAGCCUUGUAUAUUACCCCUUCUCCUCCAGUGCUGGAGUUGUUUUUCACUUUCUGUACAGCCUUGAUUUAUUGCUGCCUCAGUCAGGCUGCACCACCGUUGCAGUACAGGGUGGUCCACCGUGAGAUGUUUACCCCAUUAACCCCUUCAGCUCCAGAAUGUCUGUCUGUUUCCUGACCACUCCUGUGUGUCCCUUGGCAUGAGGAAUCUGGUUGGUGCGUUCACAGUUGUGAUUGGUUCAGCAGGGUGUCAUUACUGUGCACAUGUGUAGUGUUGUACCCAGGAGAAGUGCGACUGUGAAAAUGCUUUAAUUCUGUACUCUCCUUCUGAACUAGUUUUCAGUGGUGAGCCCUGCACAUGUGUGUAACUGUGACACCUGUGCCAGGAUCCCUGAAUACAUGGCCCACUCACUAACCACUAAUCACUGAGGAUAAAAGGUUAAAGAUGCCAUGGGUAGGCCGCAGCUUCCCAACUACCCAAGAAAGAUCCCUCAGACAUCUCUACACGCCAACUCUGUAGUCUGCAAACAAGGCCUCUCUUUCUCAUAGCACUUUUUAAAUGAGGGCAGAUGAUUAUGGAUCAGUUUCCUUAUUUGAGAAGGAUUACAAGAGCCAGCACUUAGUGUGGGUCACAAUUCACAGACAAUCUAUGGAAAACAGCAAGACCUGUUGUGAUUAAACUGGAAACCAGCUGAGCAGCUUGAGGAACACUGAGGCUGGGUGAAAAACAGUUUAACUCUGCCUGCUACCUACUUGCAAUCAAUUGAGGAAUCUGCUGUAGGUCAUACAUUUUAGAACACUUGGCAUUUCUACUUUUUUCUCUGUAUCUGAUUUUUUUAUUUGAAGUACAGUGUGUGCACUGUUUACUUUAACCCGAGACAGGUGUGAGACGCAGGGGCAGUGCAGAAUUUGAAAUUCCCUUCCGCUUUUUUGGUACUUCUUUCCUCCUGAGGGAGCUGCUUGCAAAGGGGCACUGCAGCUGAAGUUGAAGUUCAGAUCAUCUUUUAUUUUUGUUCUCUUGUUUUGAUUUUGUUUGUAUCGCAGUUAAUGAUGAGUGAGGUCUUUCCUUUCAUUAUCAGAUGAGCUGACAAAAAAAGAAGUUUGUGCUCUUAACCCUACAUUUUGAGUUUCACUACACAAUACUAUGAGGUUGGGAGGUUUCUGUAAGUUUAUUUGAAUAUGUGUCUCCCUAUUUAGAGUGCAGCUUUCAAUGCACUUUUUUACUCUGAUCCCACUGCAGCCCAGCGCUUUCUCAAAGUAUUUAAUUGCUUACCUGUUGAAUAGCCUGUUAUGUGUUUUGUAUGAUGUGCUAUAAGUGUUCUGCUUAGGUCAUUAUUUACCAGGGACUUAAUGUCCCUUUUUGCAACCACUGAACCUGCUUCUGAAAAGACUCCCAAAAGGUGGUGUUUUUUUUUUUUUUUUUUUAAAGUGUGUAUAACGAAGUUCUACCCCCUUUGCAAUUGUAAUAAAUUAGUAUUAUAUUCUGAAAUUAUACAGUGCCCUGUCAUAUUAAAAUGAGCCCUGAAAAUAGUGAUAUCAUCUGAAAUAGCCACAGUAUCUCCACACUCGUGGUAUAAAUAUCAUCGGUCUGCAUUAUCGAGCUCAGAAAGAGUGUACACUAUGACUUGACAAAGCUUUGCAAACAUAAAAAUGAGUCAGUGUACAGCACAACAGGUUCUACAUAGGCUGGGCUAUUACGAGAGAGUAACCACAAGGUUAACCAGCA